AUGUUAUCUUUCGUCAUUCCCUUUUUGGAGGUUAUUAAGAUGGUCAUUGCUUCGGUGGCCUCCGUAGCCCUCUUAGGCUUUGCCGGUCUAACAUUCGCCAGUUCAGCAGUGGGAAUAGUUGUAUCCACACCACUUUUCAUCAUAUUCAGUCCAAUUCUCGUACCCGCCACUAUAGCCACUACUGUCCUAGUCACCGGGCUCACCGUAGGUGGAUCCUUCGGAGGGACGGCCCUGGGUCUCAUCAUCUGGCUCAUUAAGCAUCAAAUGGGAGUAAUGAUACCGCUUUUUGGAACGUUUGUAGAUAAACCGGCAGGUGAAGCUACACCUGUGGGUGGUGCGGCUCCACCGGGGAGUGAAGCUGCACCUGCGAGUGGAACUACACCUACGGGUGGAAGUAAUCCGGCAAAUGGAUUCAAAUGGUCUUGGUCUUGGGGUGGAAAACCGUUUUCCGGAAACAUCCCAGGAUGGUUUGGAGGUACAUCCGCAGGUGGAGGUGCACCGGCGGGUGGAUUAAAAUGGAAUUGGUCUUGGGGUGGAAACUCCUAUUCCGGAACCAUCCCAUUUGGAGGUACACCUGCAGGUGGAGGUACACCGGCGGGUGGAACUGAACCGGCGAGUGGAAGUCCAACCACGGAGUAA